CAUGAAAGAAGCGCCAACGAAUUUCGAUCCGAUUCUUCGUUCUCGGUUGAUCUCUACCCAUUCCAUUCAUCUUCCGCAUCUCAAUUACCUUCUCCCAAUCCUUCUUGUCUUCUCAAAUAUCUAAAACACUUGCAGGAUUAAAUCGGGGAUUGAUUGACAACAUGGAUAGGCUAAAAUCUCCUGCUCGUCUCAUGAUUGUCUCAGAUCUUGAUCACACAAUGGUUGAUCACCAUGAUGCUGAGAACCUUUCCCUCCUCCGCUUUAAUGCCCUCUGGGAAGCCUACCAUCGUCACGAUUCUCUGCUAGUUUUCUCAACUGGAAGGUCACCUACACUUUACAAAAAAUUGAGGAAGGAGAAACCCAUGAUAACUCCUGAUAUAACCAUAAUGUCAGUGGGAACUGAGAUAACUUAUGGUAAAUCAAUGGUGCCAGAUGUUGGGUGGGAAGAAUUUUUGAAUCAGAAAUGGGACAGGAAUAUUGUCAUUAAGGAAGCAAGCAAAUUUUCUGAACUUACUUGUCAGGCAGAAUCAGAGCAGCGACCCCACAAAGUAAGUUUUUAUAUCAAAAAAGAUAAGGCUCAAAAUGUGAUAGAAGCUCUUUCUGAGACAUUGCAAAAGCGUGGGUUGGAUGUUAAAAUUAUAUAUAGUGGAGGAAUUGAUUUGGACAUAUUACCACAAGGUGCUGGCAAAGGUCAAGCUCUUGCAUAUCUGCUAAAAAAAUUUGAGACUGAGGGAAAGCGCCCCAUUGACACACUUGUCUGUGGUGACUCUGGAAAUGAUGCCGAGUUAUUCAGCAUUCCAGGAGUCUAUGGUGUCAUGGUGAGCAAUGCCCAAGAAGAGUUAUUGCAGUGGUAUGCCAAAAAUGUCAAAGACAACCCCAAAAUUAUCCAUGCCACAGAGCGAUGUGCAUCUGGGAUUAUACAAGCCAUUGGUCACUUUAAGUUAGGCACAAACCAGACUCCAAGAGAUGUUUCAGACGUUGCAAAAGAUGUUGAAAAUGCAUCUCCAGGACAUGAAAUCGUAAAAAUUAAUUUGUUGAGUGAAAAGUGGAGACGUGCUGAAGUUGAGAAGUCUGAGCAGUUCCUUGCAGGUUUAGAAGCAGUUUAUGAUCCGUCUGGCACUUUUAUUCAUCCCUCUGGUUCUGAACAUCAAAUUGGGGUGCUUGUAAAAUUUCUCAGAGAUUCCUAUGGGGACAAGCAGGGAAAACAAUAUAGGAUUUGGGUGGACGGGGUGUUGGCUACUCAGCUUAGUUCAGAUGCUUGGCUGGUGAAGUUUGAUGUGUGGGAGUCAUGUGGUGAGAUGCUGCAAGGAUGUGUGAAUUCUGUCAUACUAAGGAAAAAGGAUUCGGGCCAGUUCAGCUGGGUGCAUGUGCAUCAGACAUGGUUGGAACAGCCAGCAGGGAAAGGUGCUUAAUUGCUUUAGCAGGUUCCUGAGGCAUAAUUCUAAGUUCUAGAGUAUCUUGUGAUUCGUUCUGCAAUAAAUCUGCUUCGAUAUGCCACUAAUUUCUGAAUAUUAACUGUAUCAAGAUCGAUCAUGUGAAGAUGUCUUUUAUUAUAUGUAAUUAUACUUUGAAGCUC